AAUCUGCCAAGGUUCCGCGACUGGGCAUGCUACUGGCACACGUGGAGAGGACCUGUCUGUUACUAACGGCGAUCCACGUUUUACUCGAUAAGGGCGCCUACGCCGAGACCUUCACCCUCGGGUACAUCACCGGUUCGAAAAGACGUCCAGGGGACUUGGAGUAUCAGCGCCCCGGUUACCGGAUAUCCGGCGCCAUAUCGCUCGCCGUGGAAGAGGUGAACGCAGGUGAGCUCGGUCGACGGGGCCACAAGCUCGACUUCCUGGUCGCGGAAACUUAUGGCGAGGAGGAGACCAGCAUCCUGAUGACCGCGGAUCUCUGGAAGAAGAACAUCAGCGGGUACAUAGGUCCACAGGAAACCUGCAUCCACGAGGGCAGAAUGGCCGCGGCGUUCAACCUUCCAAUGAUAUCUUACUUUUGCACUCAUCGCGAGUCAUCGGAUAAAAAGGAGUUCCCCACUUUCGCCAGGACCAGACCACCCGAUACGCAGAUUUCCAAGUCCGUGGUCUCCGUGUUGAUGGCGUUCAACUGGACGAAAGUGACGUUCAUGUACAUGAACUCGACCCUGUUCGAAUUCAACAAGAUGUCGACGGUGGCCGAGACGAUACUCUCGUCGUUCGAGGCUGCGGGUGUGACGGUGAACUUUCUUCGUUGCUGGGAAGAGCCGUAUCACGUCACGCACAUGACCAAUCCGUUCCACCAGCACGUCAGCGAGACGUAUCGGGAGACGCGAAUUUACGUGAUUCUAGGCAAUUACUACGAGCACAUGGGACUGCUGAUGGCUCUGGACGAAAGGAAGCUCUUGGAAAAAGGCGAGUACUGGGUGGUCGGCGUGGAUAUCGAGCAGUACGACGAGAAACGACCAGACAAGUACUUCCGCGGUUUAUGGCAGAGGAAGACAAACUCGUCGAUCCUGAAGGCGUAUCGCAGCUACUUCAGCGUGGUAGCCACCGCGCCCAUAUACUCCAACAACUUCACUCGCAUGGUGAACGCGUACAGGCAGAGGCCGCCCUUCAACUUCUCCAACCCGCUCGCGAACAUGGGUGGAAUCAUUCAGAUCGUGCCAGAGACGGCGUAUCUGUACGACGCGGUGCACCUCUACGAGAGAUCGUUGCUAAAAGCUCUGGACGAGAAUCGGGAUCCACGAAACGGCCGAGAAAUGGUGGCGACUCUUUACGGUGUUCAUUAUCGCAGCGCCAUGGGGUACAUGGUCUACAUGGACGAAAACGGAGACGCUGAAGGCAAUUACACUUUGAUCGCUCUGGACAAUCGGCCGACAAAGGGACACGGUUUAUACCCCAUAGCGUACUUUGUGGGAAAAGAGAACGGCACGAAUCUGCCAAAACUCCGAUUGACAAGGGAUAUUCGGUGGAUCGGUGACGGGCCGCCCAUCGCGGAGCCUCGUUGCGGUUACCACGGCGAGAAGUGCACUUCUCACACUGGGGAGAUCGUCGGUGGGAUAGCCGGUGGAUUUCUGUUGAUUAUCGUGACCGUGAUCCUGGUGCUAUACAGGAACUGGAAGUACGAGCAGGAACUGGAUUCCCUGCUCUGGAAGGUGAACUACAAAGACAUUCAGAUCAAAGAGCAGAAAGACGAGCCGGAGGGAGCCAACGAGGCGCCUACCAAAUGCAAUUCCAAGACGACGACGCAGCCGAUCGUAAGAACCAGCCAAGUCUCUCUCAGCUCGAACCCCGACGCCGAUUUCCGCUAUUCGAUGAUCUACACGCAAAUAGGCGUCUACAAGGGGCGGAUAUUCGCCGUGAAGAAGGUUCGGAAGAAAUCGAUCGAAAUUACACGGGAGAUGAAGAAGGAGCUGAAAGUGAUGCGAGACUUGCGACACGAUAAUUUGAACGCUUUCAUCGGAGCGUGCACCGAUCCGCCGAACAUAUGCAUCGUCGUGGAGUAUUGUGCUCGUGGCAGUCUCAAGGACAUCUUGGAGAACGAGGACAUGAAGCUGGAUAACAUGUUCAUGGCGUCCUUGGUCGGCGAUAUAAUCAGGGGUAUGAUCUAUCUGCACGAGUCCGUCAUAAAAUAUCAUGGCUCGCUGAGUACGUCCAACUGCCUGGUGGAUUCCCGAUGGGUCGUAAAGCUGGCGGACUUUGGAUUGCACGAAUUCAAAAAGGACGCGGAGUGCGAGCCGUGUGACGUCAUGAAGAAGUAUCACGGUCUGCUGUAUCGAGCGCCAGAGUUACUGCGAUCGAGCAAGAGUCAAGAGCAGACUGUGCGAGAUUAUCAGAGAGGAGACGUUUACUCGUUCGCGAUAGUGCUGUACGAGCUUCAAGGGAGGCACGGGCCCUACGGGAUCACGGAAUUGUCGCACUCGGAGAUACUGAAGAAAGUGAUCGCGAGAGAGCCGGAAACGGAACCGUUCAGACCACCGUUGACCCAAUUGGAGAACUGUUUCCAUUUCGUGCGCGAUUGUCUGGUGGAGUGCUGGGCCGAGGAUCCCGAGGCUCGACCAGACUUCAAGAUCGUGAGGAACAAGCUGAGGCCAUUGAGGAAGGGCAUGAAGCCGAACAUAUUUGACAACAUGAUGGCCAUGAUGGAGAAGUACGCGAAUAAUCUCGAAGCGCUGGUGGACGAGCGAACGGACCAAUUAACCGAGGAGAAGAAGAAAACAGACGCCCUGUUGUACGAAAUGCUGCCGCGAUACGUGGCCGAGCAAUUGAAACGGGGACACAAAGUCGAGGCGGAGAGCUUCGACAGCGUGACGAUUUACUUCAGCGACAUCGUCGGGUUCACCGCCAUGUCGGCCGAGAGCACGCCUCUGCAGGUAGUAGACUUUCUGAACGAUUUGUACACCUGCUUCGACUCGACGAUAGAGAAUUACGACGUGUACAAAGUGGAGACGAUCGGCGACGCUUACAUGGUGGUAAGCGGUUUACCGAUUCGAAACGGUAUUCAGCACGCGGGAGAAAUUGCUAGCAUGUCCUUGUGCCUCCUAGACGCCGUUAAACAGUUCACCAUACGACACAGGCCGCUGGACAAGCUGCAGCUGAGGAUCGGUAUACAUUCCGGCCCCGUGUGCGCCGGUGUGGUAGGCCUAAAAAUGCCCCGUUACUGCCUAUUUGGUGAUACCGUGAACACGGCCAGUCGCAUGGAAUCCACCGGAGCCCCUCUGAAAAUUCACUGCAGCGGCGAGACGAAGGAGUUACUGGACCAGCUCGGCGGAUUCGGGAUAGUCGAGAGGGGUCUGGUGUCCAUGAAAGGCAAAGGCGAACGUCUCACCUACUGGCUAAUAGGCGAGGACUCGAUCCUCAGAGAGGAACGAAGCAGGGAACGAGAGCACAGGCGAAACGGUUGCGCGAGGAAGAGCCACGCGAACCCUCUGAUACCUCGGAGUUCCCUGAAGAACAAGUCUCUGGUGAGGUCCACCUUCAUGAGGUGUUCCAGCGAGUCGCCGAAACGGCUGCGUUUCGCCAGCUCGGAUCAGCUGGAUCAAAAGUGCUCUCGCGUGAGCAGCCAGCUAGAGUCCAUAGUGGACAACAGUCCGUGCAAGCCGAAGAUGUCUUGCGCGAGCAGGCCGUCGUGCGUGGACAGCUGGAGAUCGUCCAGCAACUCGUGUCCGUGCGUGGAGAAACUGUGCGAGCAGGAAACGCAAAUCGACGCGAAAGAUUUGGCACGACAGAGGCUGCAGGCCGACGCGAAGAACUCGUCGCUGCGUACCAAUUGGACUAUCGGGAACGAGCCUUAUUUCUCGCGCGGCGGGGCCAAGAACUUGCGCUUCGGCUCGGCCGGGAUCGGCCAGACGACCUGUAGAUCCGCGCCCAGCAGCCCGAGACACAGCACUCUGAUCUUGAAUUGUCAGAGGCGAGCGGCACAGUCGAACGAAGAGAUAGACGGAUGGGACGCUACCAUGCCACUGAUUUAUUAUCCGGGAGGACGAUUGGAUUAAG